CGAAAGGGUAACUCUGGCAGCAUUACCAAGUAAGGAAUUUUCCUGAGUAAAGUGGAAAGAUGCAACAAAUCGAUUAAUUAUUAUGUUUGUGUUGAUAACUUGUUAAAAUUACCAUUAUAGACCAUAGACGUCAUCAAGACAUGUAACACAGGGAUAGAUAACGGGAACCUUUCAUAGUUUUAUGGCAGGUUCUAGCAAUCAAGGCAUCAUGAAGGAUAGUAUCAUGCCCCCCUUUCGUAUCAUGUUUCAGUCAACUAGUGUGCCAUCAUCCGCAAACCUUGAUCUCUACUUGGCAGAAUUAGAUGCACAACUUGAAGAAAAUAACAAAGAAAUUGAUACUUGUAUGCAGUCAAUUCUUCAAUUUACUAAAGAUUUACCUGGUGCCAACAAUGUUUCUGAUCCUAAAGAAGGUUUAAUUCAUAUGAUUAGUAAUCAUGUUCUGGAAAAAGAUUCAUGUUAUGACCCUGAAGUAGAUGAUUCAGUAGCCAUAUUAAAUGGUUUGCUAAGUAUGAUAGAAGAAAAUCCUGGUAGUGAAGAAAGAGUAUUACAAGAGAUUCUUUCUCUGAGUGCUGCAGAAGGCCUCAUUUUCCCUUUACAAACAUCAACCGUCAACACAGUUCCAAUUUCCAUGUCCUCCCUACACACCAUUGAAGACACUACUGAUAAACAAAUCGAAGCAAAAUGGAGUAAAAUAACACAGAGGUUAAAAAAGCACUUUGUAGAAAAAUUGCUGCGUUUGCCUGUUCAGAAAAAUAACCUUCCUGGAAUUCCUGUUAAUCAGAGGUUGCGUCUGGUUCAGUGUCUUCUCGCUAUUGCGCCUGAUGAAGAAGUUUGGCAAUGCUAUCAAAGUCUACGAACGCAGCAACUGGAGAAGAGUUUUCGUGAUUUAUUUCCUGAAUCCGACACAUUUGACUAUCAGUCAUUUUCGAGCCAUUGUGAUCUAAUAGCUUCUACCAUUAUUAACAUGAUUGAUGAAGAUUUUGUUGUUUUAAAUACAGGGAUGCUUCGUAAAGUUAUUGGAGUAUUUAAAGCCAUCCACGAUCUAUAUUUAGAAAAAUAUUCGGACGAGAUGUCACUCCUUGUGGAGGAAGUCAGCGAUGAUAUCUUCAAAAUACGACACAACACCUUUGCACAUGGAAAUAUUUCUCAAAACAAGCGCGACAAGCUGCAGAAAGGUCAAAGUUUAGACAGUAUAUUGCCUAGUCGUAUGAUUGCUCAACCCCAGGGAGAAGCCAUUGUUAAUGCUGGAUGUAUUCAGUCUUUGCUGCAUAUCAUCAAAUCUCUACUAGCUAUAGAAGAACAUAUAAACACCUUGUUGAGAAACACUGCAUGGGAUGUUGUGGGUGUGUCAACUAAAAAGGCAAAAAGGAGAGGCAGUCUUAGAGGAGUUCUAAAAACAACUUCAAGUCCAGAGCAAAGGCGUCAUUCAUUAAGAGUGACAGAACUAAAUAAUAGUGACACCCAGAUAGAUUCCAGUAUUUCAUCAACUACAAGUACAAUAGCAACGCCUAAAGUUAUUGAAAGAACGAAAACAGAGGAACGGCUCCAUUGGGAUUGGAAACUGAUGUUUAAGAAGAUUUCGGGGGAUAUUACUCAAGCUGUUGAAGCUAGUAUUAAUAACAGUGUGAAAAUUUCCUUACAAGAAGAACUAACACAAUGGCAGAAUACGCAUACUUUGACUCCCGUUAAUGUUAAGUUAACUCUACAGGGAGGAAAACAAGAUUAUCCAAAAGUUAUAACCAAGUCAGUGCAUGAGUUUAUGGCUACAUGUGACAGUCUAUUAGUAUUUGCUCGAGCUGGUUGUGAUGGUAGUUUGUCUGCUGUUAGAGCAGCUUAUAUAGAUAAUAUCAGUACUAGUCUUAAACUAGUACAUGAACAUAUUGUAAAGCUUUGUGUGGAUGUACCUAUAAAGGCUAAUAUAAAACAAUUAUAUCUACUAUUAUCUAAUGCUGUUUACUGUCGUAAUCAACUUACACAUUGUGAAACAGUUCUAUGUACAGAUGAUGCUGGAAAAAAGGUAUUUUUAGGUCUGUUAAAACAACUGAGUGACCUCGUAGAAAGUUUGUCUAAACAAAUUCUAGAUAUCCACAAUCAACUUCUAGCCACUACAGUCCUGCAUGAUGCUGAAUGUCAUCACUGGAAUGAUUCCAAAGAUUUUUAUGAAGAUGAAAGAUGUUCUUAUACUGUACAAAUGUGGAAUUUUUACAUGCGUGGUUUACAGUAUGACUUAUGGACUGUUUGUCCUCCCCGAUUAGCUCAAAAUAUAUUUGGUUCUGUACUACAUGAAUCACUUCAAAUGUUGACGUUACGUUAUGUUAGAGUUAAACCAAGUUUUAAAAGAUUCAAGCAGUAUAGAUAUGAUUUGACAGCUAUCCUUCUCUGUUCAUCCGAGUUUUUGUUUCAAGUUUGUCAGUCUAUGUCCCAAUAUUUAGAUCCUGGUCAUUGUGAUAUACCCCAGUAUAAUAUACAUAAUCUAUGUUCGACAUUAAUAUCAUCAUUAGCUGUUGUUACUUCACCUAUAGAUCAACUUUACAGGACAUUUAAACGAGGUUAUAGUAAAAGACGAGACAGUAAUACAGAACAGAUACCUGGUUCGGUUGCUUAUGGUGGAUCUAAUACACAGUGGUUACACUGGAUACACCCUUCACUCUUCAUUCCUGGUCAUAAACACUAUGAUGACAUGCAAACCACUAAUGCUGUUUAUUUACAAACUAAACUCUUGUUGAGUCAGUCUAUAUGGGAACCCAGCACCUUAUUACAGGCACUUAUUAUGAAGGAUUAUACAUUACCUAUCAUGCUGUUAACUAGAGUCGCAUCCCUUGAUUCAAUGUCAUCUGGUGGAUGUAAUGGUCUGCCGAGUGAACAGAAGAAAGAUUGCUGUAGGAUAUUUUCAGCUGUCCUUUCAAUAUUAUCUCAAUGUUCCCAUUUUCCUGAUGGUGUAGCUAAAGUUCUAAUGCCAGUCAUAGAUAGGUGUGAAGAUUGGGAUGUAUUGAAUGCCAGAAAAACUUCAACACUGGAAUGUGAGCCUCCUAUAUGGAUGAUGGCAUUGUUUGAUUUGAUAGCACCAUACAUUGACAGUGUGUUAGAGCCAUUAAUUAUUUAUGUAUUAAACCUACCAUCAUUAGUAACUGGUAAAGGUUGUUUAAUACCAGAAAUACAAGAACUACCAUGUGGUUGUCGUCCAAAUAAAUAUGAUACGGAUCAUUCUUCUACUAAAAAAGGAGAACGCUUUAUUAUUGAAUCUGCUUUAAAGAUAGUUGUGGCUGAAAUGAGUGAAAAAAUUCAUGCACUGAAUUCAGCUUUCUGUGUAGCAUGUUACUUAUUACAAGAAGCUUGUCAUCAGAAUAACUUUAAAACACCACAUAAUUGUGCGGGGUUAAUUAUAAUUGGAAGAUGUGUUAGAGAGAGAUUAUUAGAUAGUAAAUAUAUAGAAAGUAUGAUAGGACAAGAUGUACAAGAAGAAACCUAUAAAUUACUUACUGUCUUAGCUGACUGUAUCUACAGUGUUCUUAUAUAUGGUAGAGCCAAAUCAUCUAUUAGUACACCAAAGAUGGCGUCUCAGUUUGUGAAGGCUAAUAAGGAAUGGUUAACCAGUAAAAUACAGUUAAUAGCUGUUCAUUUAUCAAAUGAUUUAUUUAGUGUACCUGAUACAGAUAUAUUAGAAGGAGCAACAAGUAAUUUUGCAGAUCAUAUAUUUACAGCUACUGUAGCCAGUAUACUUAAUGAUUCUAAUGGCUAUGAAAAUCUGGUGAUGACAUAUAAUUUAAUCAAGAGAAACUGGACUUGGGUUGAAGAGCAACUGGAUAUCAAAUUAUCAUUAAAAAAUACUGAGCAAACCAAGACUACUGCUUUCCAGCUAGAUCUGACACCAGUUAAAGAUGAGAAGUUUAUCCCACAGAAAGAGUUCAUUCGUAUUGGAGAUUCUGAAUUCAGUCAGGAGGCUCUGAUGUCUUUUCCAUUUAACUGGAACCAUAUGUUACAGAGUGAUCUCGGUCUUAGUGAAAAUGGGUUUUCAUCACUUUUGUAUAACAGACAUGAAAUGCAAGAUGGAGCCUAUUUAGAGGAAAAUGAAAAACGCCCUGUAGAGAUUCUCAGAUCGAUAUUUGAGAGGGAUUCUUCUGAUAUGAAUUGAACCAUGUACUUCAAGAUAUGCAUUUAUCUCUCAUUGUUGUUUAUUUUCCCCAUAGGUCACACAAAUAAUGAGUAGGGGAGUGGAGACAAAAUUAUUUAUCUGAUUUCUGUGUAGCAAGCAGCUUAUCGAAUCAUAGUCUUGAAGUACAGUGGUAUCAGUAACAUGGACAAAAAUUGCCGAAUUUAUUUAGAAUUGGUCAUUCUUGUAUCAGUAAUUGCCCCAACUGACCUUAAUAACAAAUAGUAUUUAUUGGCAAGUUGCCCAGGGGCAGAGUUAUUUUUAUAUGCGCAUGUAUAUCUACUUAUCGUAAACACAGUUUUGACAAUUUUGUAAUGAUUUCCUCAUCUAUUACAACACUGAUUUUUUUGUGGUCUAUGUGUAUGUAAAAUUAAUUGGUUUGGUACUUAGCUUUUUUAAAUCUUUAAGCUAUUUUGCUUUGGCAGAUUUAUUCAGAAUUAUAUAGAUGUUAUAAGAAAUAAAAUGGGGUUUAACAUCUUACUUUUCUGCACCAACCAGGCUAAUGAAGACAGUGUCUUUUAGAAUCUUUUUACCCAAUCACUUUUAUGUUCAGUAUAUUGUCAUGAUGUGAUGUUAUUUAACUUAUUUUUGUAAAGACUGGUUGGUUAUGUUUGCAAAGGUUUUACCAAUAAUUUUUUUUUCUGUUCUUUUGGUGCCAAAUACUCAUAUAAAUUAUUUUCUGCAAAAUUUCUUUGUUUGUCUUUUCAUUUUCAAAACAUGUACCAUUUACUUUUGAUUUCUGAUCAAAAUUUCACAUGUUAUAUAAUGUGGUAAAUAAAAUCAUUGAACACGAAAACCAGAUCAUUAGUAGUUCUAUGAGAUUUGUAACCGCUUGACACUGUGAAUUAUAAAUACAGAGCAUUAAAUAUUACUUUCAUGAUACUAGAAUUAAAAGUAAAUUAAUGCUUUUGAUAAAAACAAAACUAUUAUCUUUACAAUUUUAAACUCCACUGUGUUGUAAGUUUUAUGGAUAGUUUUCCAAAAAAUUCAACAUAAGGUACACGCCCGUAAUAUUUUGACAUAAACUCAAUAUUUCCUAUUAUACGAUAAUUUACAAGAAAUAAUCUUAUUGUUGAAAAGCCUGUGCUUUAUGUAUGAUUCAGUGGUGUAAAGAAUUACAUAUAGCUUAAACUGAUGAAUUUUAAAAAAAAAUGUAAAAGUUAAGAGGCCAUAAAAUGAAAUUAAAAUAGGUUAUUACAUUUUAAGACGUAUCCACUUAGUUAAUCAAAAUGCAGACUUAACUUGACAAGUAAUGAACAGUAAUUGUAU